AUGGUUAUAUUUUAUUCUUCUUUCUUAUCAACUAAAACAAUCUGUGCUCUCUCUGAGUCAUGGCUCCUUUUACAAGCACUAGCUUAUGGUUCAAGUUAUGGCACAGGUGGGGGCAUGAUGAACUGCCCAAAAGUUCUCCGGCAGCUGGGAAGCAACGUGUUGCUGCCCCUGACAUAUGAAGGGAUAAAUAAGAGCAUGAACAGAAGCAUUCACAUCCUUGUUACCAUGGCAAAAUCACCAGGAAACAGCGUCAAGAAGAAAAUAGUGUCUCUUGAUUUGUCUAAAGGGGAAUCUCCACGUCAUGUAGAGAGCCGCUAUAAGUUUUAUCUGGAGAACUUGAGCCUGGGAAUCCUGGAAAGCAGGAAGGAGGAUGAGGGAUGGUACUUCAUGGCCCUGGAAGGAAACGUUUCAGUCCAGAACUUUUGCCUGCAGCUGAUGCUUUAUGAGCAGGUCUCCACUCCAGAAAUUAAAGUGUUAAACAAGACCCAGGAGAACGGGACCUGCAGCUUGAUGCUGUCCUGCACAGUGGAGAAGGGGGACCAUGUGGCUUACAGCUGGAGUGAGGAGGCGGGCACCCACCCACUGAGCCCAGCCAGCAGCUCCCACCUCCUGUACCUCACCCUUGGCGCCCAGCAUGCUGACAAUAUCUACAUCUGCUCCGCAAGCAACCCCAUCAGCAACCGCUCCCAGACCUUCACCCCGUGGUCCAGAUGCAUGCCAGAUCCCACAG